ACAACUCUUCACUCACCCUGUAUUUCACUGUAACAAUUGUACAGAUUAUUUGCAGUGGUACAACUAUUGUACUACUGUUCUGUAUUUUUAAUGCCGGUUUUAUAGCUGUGAAAAGUUUGGUGUUUGAAAUUGAAAUGACCGGGAAGUGUAUGCGUGUAAUAAAUGAGAGGAUUGAAGAGUAUGUGAUGAUGAGGCAGAAUAGGUUGGAGUUUGAGAAUGUUUUGAAUGAGGUUGAGGAGAUGAGUUUGAAAGGAGAGAGCGCUUUGAAGAGGAGUUUGAAGUAUUUGAUAAUGCAGCAUCAGUCGAUUUGCAAUGACUUGAAGAUUGUGGACAAAGGACUACAAAAUUUUGUAUUGGCUUGCAACAACAGUUUCGGAAUUCAAAUCUGCAUGUCUAUCUAUUGUACAAGAGAGAUGGACGGUUUCUUCAUGAAACUGGAGUACUCACUUCUGUUAAUUUGGAUUGUAUGGAUAAUGGAGAUGUACAGUGCUCUGGGACAACAAGUCACUGAUCAGGGUGAAAAUCUGCGACUAUCUUUGAGCAGUUGUAACUGGCUGGAGAGUCCUCAGUGGUGUCAGAAAUCUCUUCUCAUCAUGAUGACUAAAGCCACUAAGACCAUGGAAAUCAAGCCUUAUGGACUUAGUGCAUUGAACUUACGAAGUUUCACUCAUGUUAUAAAUGCAGCUUACUCAUACUUCAACCUCCUUCAAAACCUCAAGUGAAUUUCUUGCUCUAUUUUCAA